CAUACUAAACAGAGUGUCACAUAUUUACAUACAGAAUAAUAUGAAUUUCUCUGACACCACUUUGACCUAAAGUCCAUCCUCCAUCCUCCUCACUCACAGUAGCCCCUCUCUGUGUGUCAUUACACAAUUCAAUACACUUUAUUAUCCCCGAGGGAAAAAUGCAUUGACCACACAAUUCUGCUGUACAUAGAAAUAGAUCCACAGAAAGGUAUUGUAGGCUCCACAUAAUUGCCCAUUGCCUGAAACAGUAUGCACACAUCAUGCAUCUACACACGUCAAACCCAUUUUGGAUAUCUGGAAUUAGCCACCUACAACAACAAGCCCUUUACCCAAAGAGAGUUAUCACCCUAGCCUGGCUGACGCAACCCACGUGACCCAGAGCAGGGAGAGCUGUGACACGCUAGUCUGCAAAGGAGGCCGUUUGUCAAUGCAGUAUUCGCUCAGAAAUUGAGCGAGGGAUUUGAUUGGUUCGCUCAAAUGAUGUUUUUUUCCUCUGUGAUUGAGACCUCUUUGUUUGGAUUGGAAAACCCAACCGUUGUAAUGGGAGGGGGAUGGCGCUCUGGGCCUGUGUGUGGCUGUGCCUAUGGUUGUUUGAGUGAGAAUGACACUGAGAUGAGCCAACCAGUAAAAGCACAGCCCCCUUCAUUAUCGGCGCAUUGUGCCCACAACUUCAAAGAGCCAUUCCUGACUUUGAAGUCAGGAGGACUUUGAGAGUUAGGUGUUAGCCAGACUGUUAUCACUCAGGCUCAUUAGAAGAUUUAGACUGACAGAACGGAAGAGCUUCUAUAAAGCUCCGUAGAUAAACAGACCGUUUUUGUUCCCCAACUAAGUACAAAUUUUCAUUCAGUCAGACAGAGUGGUGAUGUAUAAAGAGGUCUGAUUAAAAGCCCAAAGCCAGCAGUGUAUAGCAGAGAGAGAUAGAGAACAUCCCCACUGCCUAGUCUGCCAGCUCUCAGAAAAGCUCCUCCACUCUACCCUGACAAGCCUAAAAUGAUAACAUAACCCUCUUUUAAAUAAGCCCACGGUCGCAAUCGUCUAUUGUUAUUCCCAGUAUUUCAGGAACCAUUGUACUAAAUGAAAGCCCACUAAAAGAUACAGCUCUACUUCCACAUUAUUGCUAUAUUAGUCUGCUCCAUAGAAACACGUUACCAUAGAAACCAUGUUAUCUUUAGUAGUUAAUCCCACGGGAUGGCCAGUGGUGUCACACAGCAAUGUUGAGUGGUGAUAGACACUUGAAAAGUGACUAUUUCAAUACGGCCUACUUCACGCUGUCGCCUAUCAGAUAAACAACCACUCUGGUCCUUACUAGAGGAAUAUCUGAAAUGACACCCUAUUCCUUAUGCAGUGCACCACAUUUGAACAGAGCCACCUAGGGAAAAGUGUACUAUUUGAGACAACAAUUAUGUCAUGGUGUGUGUCUCUGAGUCUGAAUGUCUUUCUAUGUCUGUGGGUUUCUCUGUGUGUGAUGUGAUGUCCCUCUGUGUGUAAAUACGUGUUUAAUGUUGCUAUGUGUCUCUGUAUGUUGGCCGCUGUGUUUCUGCUUCUUGUUAUGUGCCUCUAUGACUCGCUCUCUGUCUCUCUUGGGUCCGGUUGGGCUUUUUUUUGGCCACGAACAAUGUGGCCGCUGCUGGGAUCCGCUGACAGGCCUGACCAGGGCCGCUCUGCUCUCUGAGCUCACAUGCUUUUUGUGGCUCUAGUCUAUCUCUCUGAGCAGCGCCUCCCAAAAAAAGGACUGUGCAUCAUGGUCCAACGCUUUGUUGCACUCCACUGAUCCCCCUCUUAAGGCCUCUGCAGCAGCUGGAGAGAUUAGAAGAGAGGAGAACAGGACACAAACUCACACACACACUCAACACACACACCACCGACACAGACACCCCAGCUUGGCCCCUUGCACACACCACUGGUACUGUUCUCACUGAAGCAGUAGUGGACAAACAGAUCAGGCCGAGACUGAACUUGACAGGACCCACACCUCCAGAAAGACUCCAUUCUGACCGGAAACCUAUCCCAGAAAGAUCCCACCCUGAUCGGACUCGUACGGCACGCAUAGCCCCAUCUACCUGGAGCCCAGCCCAGAGGCCAACAUUUUCAGCAAUGAACAGUUUUGGGUACCGUCGGGAGUUGAGUAAGUAUGAGGAUGUGGAUGAGGAUGAACUACUGGCUUCUCUCAGCCCAGAGGAGCUAGCAGAGCUGGAGAUGGAGCUGGCAGACAUAGACCCUGAUGCCAACGUGCCCAUCGGCCUGAGACAGAGAGACCAGACGGAGAAGACCCCCACUGGCACCUUCAGUAGAGACUCUCUGUUGAAGUACUGGGAGAAGGAGACCAAGAGGAUACUGGAGGAUGAGAGAGGGGAAGCCAGCAGCCCCAAACAGGAUGACGAUGAUGAUGCCGAAAAGAGUGAGGAAGAAUGCGUGACAGAAACCAACAGCGAAGCAGAGGAGAAGGAUGACGAGAACAAGAAAGAAAAUAAAGAUUAUGAAGAGGAAGAGGAGGAAGAAGAAGAGGAGGAGGAGGAGAGUGAGGAAGAGGAAGCUGAAACAGAGGAUGAGGAGGAUGAAGAGGAGGAUGAAGAGGAGCCAGAAGAGAAGAGGCCUAAAGCAGCGACCCCAAAGGAUUCUGGUCCUCCAUCACCGCUGUCAGUUGCCAUCUCCUCCCCUAGCCUCCUGAGACCCCCAAGGGUGGAGCCUAUGAGACUAACCCCGCCCCCACCUCCACUUGACCCCAACGCCGACGGUAACCCAAUAGUUGUCGACGAGGCCCUGGAAAGAGUCCUUAAUAACGACCCUGAGCUCAAAGAGAUCAACCUCAACAACAUUGAGGACAUCUCACAGGAAACUCUAAUCCAGUUUGCUGAGGCACUGCGCUCCAACACACACGUGCGUGUCUUUAGCCUGGCCAACACGCAUGCCGACGACCCCGUGGCGCUGGCCAUUGCCAAGACGCUGUGCGAAAACACCUCCAUCAUCAGCCUGAACAUCGAGUCCAACUAUGUGACAGGGAAAGGGGUUCUGGCCAUGGUCCAGGCUCUGCCUAGCAAUAGCACCUUGACUGAGCUACGCUUCCACAACCAGAGACACAUGUGUGGAGGACAGGUGGAGAUGGAGAUGGUGAAGGUUCUGAGGGAGAACCACACCCUGAUCAAGCUGGGUUACCAGUUCCACCUGCCAGGCCCCCGGAUGAGCAUGACAGGCAUCCUGACCCGUAACAUGGACCGUCAGAGACAGAAACGCCUGCAGGAGCAGAGACAGAACCAGCAGGCGGGGCCAGAGGGGGCCGUUAACCCCCGUACGACCGCUCUCUUGAAGGCCACUCCGGGUUCUUCGCCCUAUGGUUCCCCGCGGGUGUCUCCUUGGCAAUCCCCCAAACUCCCCAAGAAACAGACCCCUCCUGCUCCCCCGCCGCCUCCUCCACCUCCUCCCCCACCCCCCCCACUGCCCUGCCAGCCCCCGGCAGAGAAGAAGAAGCCGACUAGGAAGAUAGCGGAGGUGAUCAGGCUCCACGAGGAGGUCGUUAAGAAGCAAGGGAAAGGGAAGGGGAAGAAGGGGAAGAAAGGAUUGAAAGAGACCAACAGUAUCUUGAAGGAGCUGAAGAACGCUCUGCGGCCAGUGGCAGAGAACAGAGACCAGGAGCACAGCAGGCCACCCACUCCACUGCGCUCCUCACACGACCAGCUCAUGGACUCCAUCCGCAACGCUAGUGUCCGCUCCCUCAGAAAGGUGGAAGUUCCACAGAGGAAGUUUGUCUUUGUCCCUGAUGAAGAGACUAGCUGAUCUGAAGACACAGGGAACACCCUGAGACUACUGAGGACA